UGCUCUAAAAUAUUCCCACUAUGUCACAGUCACACAGACAGGAUGCACGGCGUGUGUAUGUUAGGAAUGAGUGGGAGCGGAGGUGCAGAUGUCUGGGAAGAUUUCGGGAACAGUGGAGAAGUGGGCACUGUGACGUGGUUGUACGGUGGCUGUUAAUAAACCGACCACCUGCCUCUGACUGUCCACUUCCAUACUUAUCUGCUCUGUUAAAAAAAAAAAAAAAGGAACACUUCCCCUCCAUCGUAUGUGUUGACAGAACAUGAGAUGUUAACUAGGUAAUGAUAGGGGCUCUGUCUUAUUUUUUGUUUGUUUUCACCAUGUACAGUUAAUUUCCCUGAUCCUAUUGAGUUUCUUUUUACAAGGAUUUAGGCCUAUAAUGCAAACAUGACCAGUUGUAGUGUAUGGUACAACACCUGUACACUUAAAUGCUGUCUAGAAGCCCUGUGGUAAAUUGUACCUUUAAGAUACAUGUAAGGUUUAUAUUGAACUCUAUUUACAUUGAAUUGUGGUUGUAUGCUAUUGUUUUAAGUAGGACAAUUAGUCGACUAGUUGAUUGCUACCAUUGCUAGCCAGCACCAAAAAUAGUACACAGUCAAACUUAGUUACACUUAUGAUUUAUUGUGUUUGUUGAUGUGCACAUUUAAAUGACAUAUUGACAUAAUUUGCACUGAAAUGUCAUGUAUUCCUAGGCAAGAGUUGGUUUAUAAAAAAACAAGUAUCUGUUAGCUGCUAAUGCUAACAGCAGCGGAUUAAAAGAAAAUGAGGGAAAGAUGAAAAAACACAUUGGUCACUUCACCCUGUCCCACAAGAAGUGAAGUGGUAAGUAGGACAAAGACGAAAUCUCGUAAAACCAGUGCAGUUUGGCAGUAAUUUGAUUUUAUUUAGUGGCUUUUAAAAUACGAUUUGGUGAUUAAAAAAUGUGAUUAAAGAUUUGUAAUGGCUCUUAUGAUACACACAGUCAUUUUCUGGACAAUGUUUAACCUUACAUAUUAUAUUUAGCUUAAUUAUGUCUGUCUUCUAAAUGUUUUUUUACUUUCAGACUAGUCAGCUAGUCUAAAUCAAACUUCUGUUUAAACGUCUGGGAAACUAGUCGUUAGGAAAAUCCCUAGUAGUAAUGUGUUUGUGUUAUUUUGUAAAUACUAUAAUGUCAGAGUGGAUGGAGUUAAUCCUCACUGUAAAUAGAGGAGGGAUGCCAAAAUGAAUGGCAACACUUCACAUUACUAGAUUACAGGAUUCGCAAAGGUAGUCCACUCCCUGUAUUUACACAAGAACCUGUACAGGUUUUGACAUUGCUCUGAAUUCUGUGUAGUUUUGUCAGCAGCUUGGGGUAGAAAUGAUGAUGAUGUAAUGCCUUCCCAUAUAGGUGGCAGCUGUUUUCCUGAUAAAUUGGAGUGAUUUUUCCAGUGUAGUGUAGGCAAGCAGACAGAGGAGGGGUUGCUCGCGCUGGAAUGCCAAUCCAUGCACCUGUGUCCACACACUGAUGCAGUAUAUAGACAUUCACAUCUGCAGCAGAGUUGUUUUGGUUUGCAUUUUUGCUCAGGCCCUCAUGUGGCCAGCUAUAUUCUGCAGUCACACUGACACUGAAGCAACCUUUGAUCCUUUGAGGAAGUGAGGCUUGUUGACUGCAGACUUCAUGACUGCAGAGUUAACAUUUCGUUCUCUUUAAAGUAUGUCUUUACCGUUAAAACUGCAGCGGCUCUCAGGCUGCUAAAAGCAUUUUGCUGUUGAUGGCUUUUCUUCACUUUCCUGUGAGGUCGUCUGUAACACGCAGAAAAGCCGCCACGCACACAGGACACACCAGGACUCUACAACUCGGCGAGUCCAAAGCAUCGGAGGCCGAGACAGGAUUUGUUCCUAGUGUUCAAGACUUUGAUAAGAAGCUAGCUGAAGCUGAUGCCUACCUGCAGAUUCUGAUUGACCAGUUAAAGCUGUUUGAUGAGAAGAUCAAGGACUGCAAAGAGGAUGAAUCACGCAGAAAAAUCGAAAAUUUGAAGGAGACUACUUGUAGCAUGGUAGAGUCCAUCAAGCACUGUAUUGUACUGCUGCAAAUCGCCAAGGACCAAAGUAACGAACAGCAACACGCAAACGGACUUAUAAGCACCAUAAACCCAGUGGAUGGGAUCUACCAACCCCCUCUGGACACUCCUGUAGUCAACACCACGAUGCCAACACAGACCACACUACCCACAGACGCUUCUCAGGUGUGUAAAUCAGACCAACGACCCUCCACGUUACCUGUUGGUCCCGUCGUCACAGUGAUGGGCAGUCUGCAGACCCCAACUCCCAACAGCACAGGGAGUGGCCCGUCAGGCCCCAGCAGCAGCGUCGCCUCUCCUGCUCACAUCCCCCUCCCCUCGCACUCGGUGCCAGACUUCUCCUACUCCUCCAGCGAGGAUGAGUUCUAUGAUGCUGAUGAGUUCUACCAGAGCAGCACUUCCCCCAAACACUGCAUAGAUCCCUCAGGGCCUCAAGCUGCCUCGCCCCUCACUAAUGAAGCGACAGCGUUGAAACGACCAGACACCACCGAGUCCCUCAACUCUUCCAUGUCCAACGGCACCACAGAUGCAGACCCGUUUGAUAGCCACGACGACCGCGAUGAUGAAGGCGAGGGCGAGUCCGUGGAGGAGCACAAGAGCGUCAUCAUGCAUCUUCUCUCCCAAGUUCGAUUGGGAAUGGACCUCACAAAGGUGGUGCUGCCUACCUUCAUCCUAGAGAGGAGAUCUUUGUUAGAAAUGUACGCAGACUUCUUUGCACAUCCCGACUUAUUUGUAAGUAUCGCUGAUCAGCCGGAGCCCCGGGAGCGCAUGGUUCACGUAGUAAAGUGGUACCUGUCAGCGUUCCAUGCGGGGAGGAAAGGUUCAGUGGCCAAGAAACCUUACAACCCAAUCCUGGGAGAAGUCUUCUACUGCCACUGGGAUCUGCCCAGCGAAUCAGAGGAGCCUUCCCUACACACGGAGACGGUGUCAGAGGGUCCAGUACCGUGGUCGUCAAACAACAGCGUGUGUUUUGUGGCAGAGCAGGUCUCUCACCACCCACCCAUUUCUGCAUUCUACGCAGAGUGUUUAAAUAGGAAGAUUCAGUUCAACGCCCACAUCUGGACUAAGUCUAAGUUCUUAGGCAUGUCCAUAGGUGUCCACAAUAUUGGCCAAGGUUGUGUGUCGUGUUUGGAGCAUGAUGAACACUACAUCCUCACCUUCCCCAACGGAUAUGGCAGGUCGAUUCUGACUGUGCCGUGGGUGGAGCUGGGCGGGGAGUGCAGCAUCUCCUGCUCUAAGUCGGGCUACAGUGCAAACAUCGUGUUCCACACCAAACCCUUCUAUGGAGGAAAGAAGCACAGGAUCACUGCUGAGAUUUUUGCACCAAAUGAUAAGAAGUCUUUCUGCUCCAUCGAAGGAGAAUGGAACGGAGUGAUGUACGCCAAGUGGGCAACUGGGGAGAACACAGUGUUCAUAGACACUAAGAGGAUAGCCAUCAUUAAGAAGAAAGUGAGAAAGCUGGAAGACCAGCUCGACUACGAGUCCCGAAGAUUGUGGAGAGACGUGACGUUGAACCUGAAGCUGAAAGACAUCGAUGCAGCAACAGAUGCCAAACACCGGCUGGAGGAGAAACAGAGAGCCGAAGCCAGAGAGAGGAAGGAAAACGAGCAGCAGUGGGAGACCAGGCUAUUCCACGAGGACGGGGAGUGCUGGGUCUACGACGAGCCUCUAUUAAAGAGAUUAGCCUCUCAGAGGCACUGAGCAGACUACGCACACAGAUAACACACACCAUACGUAUGCAUAAAGAGAUGCACAGACACAACAGAGUCUUCAUAAGAACUCUUUUGCAAAACCACUUCUUUUCCAAGCCUUGGAAUGACUGAUGAUUGAAUAUGUACACAGCUUUGCAUUUGACUGUAAAACAACAAUAUGGAAAUGAAUGAAAUCAAAUGGAAAAGCAUCUAAGAUGUAACAUGAAAACUAGUAAAGCUCCUCUCCUUAUUUGGGCAAUGUCACUUCCACCGCCACAGAUACCCGCCAACACAAGACUUGGCAGCGCAGAGGGUUGACACGUCUCUCAGCUCUGUCCAUCAGCUUCACGGCCACACCUCUCAUCAGGUCCACAGGACGAGCCACUCGUUUCCCUACACAGAUGUAUUUUGGGAAGGGGGGGCAAAAGUGUGUGUGGUCGAUGGUGUUCAAAUCAAAUAAACCUUGACAAAUAAAACGGCGCUCUACAUCUCAGGGAAUCUGGUGACUGAGGAAAGAAAGCUGCUGCCCCCUCCGAGAGUCUGACAGCCUUAUAACGGUGGAAGGGACGAAUCUUAAAGGGGCGGGGGAGGAAUUCUCCGCUUGCCUGCAACUAGUUGUAACUGUUGUUUAUAUAUAGAUAUACAUAUGAUGGAUAUAUAAAUAUAUAUUCUUUUUUAUUUUCAAUGCUCUUUUUGUUUAUUUUUUUCUUUCUGGCAAUAGUGUAAAAUAUUUGAGGAUAUGAACUUGAUGGCUUUACAUCUUUAGGAAUCAUUCCAUUUACCCUUUUGGUGUUAUGUUCCCAUUUCGAGUUAACUUUGCCGCCUAUGUGGUCCUUCACAUUGUUCUGUGUCUCAAGUGUUACCCAGAAGCAAAGCCCUACCUAAGCCAUAGCAUCUGAACACGCUGAUUUGUGGAAUAUAUGCAAUAUAGAGCUCAUUGACAUCGCCUGUCAAAGGACAAAUUCGGGUGUCCAUUAUGCCAAAAAGGUUUAGAUAUAAGGCUAAAGGGACUUUCAUCUGGACAGAGAUCAAACAAUCCUCUGAAAAUGUGUCCAUGUUACCUGAAGGCAUUUAUGAACAAAUGAUUGUUUACAUAUUUUUGUCUUUCUGGUUCGCUGGUUCAUGAUGUAAGGCUAGGACCGAGUCCGUUUAGUCUCCCUUUUUGUCCCUGUGUCCUCUCCAAACCCAAAGAUGUCAGAGUGGAUCACCCUCACGGUUCACGUGUUGUCAGAGGGAGAGGAGAGUAAAAAUCGAGGAACCAGAGUAGACUUUUGAAACGCUGCUGCUGUUUCUUAGAGCUGCUAUGAGUCCAGACUGUGUUCUUCCGGAUCAGUUUUCUUGUAAACUUAUAUUUUUUGUCCAAUGUUUUUUGAGAUAACAACCACAUAGAGGGCAAUAUCUAUCCUCCUGUACACCUCUGCUUUAUUGAAUCAUCAUUCAUUCUCUUAUUUACAGCUACAUAGGUUGGAUCUAAAUGCAAUGAUACUUGGAUGAAAUACAGAAAUAAAAAACAAUUUUCACCUGAAAAUGCCCGAGAAUAUCUCUCACAGCAGUCCCUUGUUAUAUCUGUCAGCAUUUAAGAUUUGAUUAUCGUAUGCUCUAGAUUUUUGACCUGUAUGAAUAUGGUUGAUUUAAAUGAAAAUUAAAAGACCUCUGAGUCUUAAAAUCAGUGAAUCUGGUGAAGGAAUCUAUAAAGGUAAACAUAUUCCUGGUGCUGUAUGCAGAUCAAGUGGAAAUCGUGUUGAAUUUAAUCCUCCUCUAAAAGCAUACAAAAUGCUGUUUAAGUGAAGCCAAAUGAAAUCCAGUGUCCAAGCUAAAUUUGAAGUUUUUAAUUUUUUUUCCUCCAUGUUAUGUCUUUGUAAAUUAUAUUGAAUCGAGGCCUUGCCAUACAUUUCAGUAUCACUCAGUAUCGCCUGAUAGAGAGCAAUCAAAAUGUAUUUUUUAUUUCAUUUUGAUCAUAACCAUUGAUUGUAUCAGAUUUUCCUGUUUAUUGAUGCAUAAUAUUAAAUCUCCAUGAGUUUAUUCCUGA